GAACACCAUUGCAGAGUCGUCCUCGGCCCAUGAAAGUCCCAGCCACGAAAAAACAGACAUCCUACGCAACUACGCACGCCGUACUGAAAUACUCAGGAGACCACGACGCGCCCGACCGGCCCACCACCGCCGUAACCUCCGCCGGAGCCUUCUCGACCCGCCGCCCUCGGCCUGCCGCCCGUCUCUCUCUCCACCCGCGCUUCUUGAACUCGGAGCCGACAGCAACGCUCCCCCGCGCUCGCCACCCGCUUCUUCCAUCUUCUUCCUCCUCAUCUUCUUCAGAAUAUCAAUGACAAAUGGCAGCGACGAUGAUGGUUUAGUCUCGGUGGAUAACUUUAUUGGGAAGCUUCCUGACCAUCUCUUGAUAGAAAUUUUCGUCAGGGUCCCUGUCACAGAGUGGGCACAGAUAUCUUGUGUUAGAAAGCAUUGGGCAAACCUAUUCCGUGGGGAAUGUUUGUGGCAAGCUGCUCUUGUGAAGUCUUAUCCUUUGGCUAGCCAAGCAAAACGGUGGCCAGGUCCAAUUCCGCGAGGGUUGAGCAGACGGAGAUAUGCGGCUUUGUAUAUUAGUAAACAGAUUUUUUCUCUUGAUGGAGAUAUGGAUGAAAUAGUGGGCCAUGCUUAUCUAUUUUUGAAAGAGCAGCUUGAACUUUCAACAAUGCCACCUCCUUCUGGUGUUCUUCAUGGAACAAUGAUUGAUCAGUUCAUAGCUUGUGGAAAGUCAAGAGACGUGGCAAAUGAGCUUGCUUCACAGAUUUGGAUUGCUGUUCUUGACAAUUUAGAGGAAAAUGAGCACACCUUUCUCUUGCUAAAACGUCUCGCUCAAGAAGCUGAUGUUUUUCUUCCAUACCCUUAUUCGAGAUCGAUCAAGGUCCAGUGGAGAGUGUUCGAGAAGCUGUUCACCGAUUUCCGCGACUGCUUCAAUCACGUGGACUACUACGACGUAUUGUCGUGCGCCAAGAAUAGGUUCCAACCGAUCCCGUCGGCUUGGUUAGGUUAUUAGCCAUGUUUACUUACACCCAAAAUUUACAGAACUAAAAGGCUCAUACCGGUUCUUGCUAUCGAAGGUGUGGAUAUGCACGUGUAACUGUAACAUAUUACAUAUUCUUUGGCAGCCAAACGUAAGAGCUCUAAAGAAUCUGCAAGUGUCAGAUUGAUUUGAGGUAAACUCAUUUCUGCACCAGAGCGUGCAAUGCUUAUUCAGAAAUCUGGAACUCUUUAGCUUGAGCA